AUGAGGACUAUAGGGAGGCCGAGAAGGGGGCAGCCGCUGGGGUAUAGAGGGAGUGGCGUGGUGGGCAUGGCUGCGUCGCCAGAGGUUAUGGAUACGGGGAACUUUAUGGAUCAGUUUCUUGAUGACUUGGGGACGCCGUUGCCGGCUUUUGACAUGGGCUUUUCGACGGAGCAGGACAAUGCGCAGGGACAGGAUGCGUUGCCGUCAGAUUUGUUUAAUGGGACGGCGAUGCAGCAGGACCAGAAUGGGGUUUACCCAGGAACCACGGAGAAGACGAUGGACAUGACGCCGACAUCUCAAAACACUGAGAGGAUAGCGACACCAGGGACCUUUUCUCAGAAAUGCUCUUGUAUCGAGUUGGUCAACCAGCAUUUCUCCGACAUCGAGAGCUCAUUGGAGACCUUCCAGACCCUCAAAGUCUUGAAGCAGUCUCUCGCCUCAGCAAGGACCAUUCUUGAAUGCACAGUCUGCUUCCAGUCCAUCAAGAGCCCACGUACAUCGCGAAACGUUUAUCUCUUGGGCUCUCUUCUAUCCAGCAUCGGCUCCUCAUACGGCGACUUCUUCUACGUACAGAAGCAACGAACCGAGUCCUCAGUUGGUACACUGAUCCGUCUUGUCGUGGGACAACAACCAGAUGCUCGGGACAUGGUAGAGCUUUCCCUCGAGGGGCCGAGUUACAUUGCUUUUCUUCAAGCGAGUCUGAAAGGGGAGUUGGAUUGUCUUGUGAAACUGGGCGAAGGGUUGGCGACGAGACAGAGUCAACUUCACACCGAAGGUCACGAAAACUGCGAGACGGGGACGAGCUGCUCGAAUACAGAGUCACUACCGACAACGAAACAUCCAACAGAGGUAUGUCCGAAGGAAGUUGACAUGACAACUGCUUGUGCGUGUUUCAGGACAGUCGAUCAAGUAAAGGCCGCGAUAGCAGAGGCGCAACGGAUCAUCUCAGCGUGA